AUGCAUCCCCCGGUUCCCUCUUCUCAAAUGACUUCUGACUGUUCCCGGGCUUUAGAAUUGAUGAAAGAGAAAAUUGAGGUUUUAGAACACCAGGUAGAAACCUUUCGGGUGCAACUCCGGCAUGAAAAGUCCGAACGCGAAUCAUUCCAAAUACAAGUUGGAAAGCGACUGAGAAAUAUUUUAGGCGAGUUCAAUAUAAGAGAAGUUGAGCAUGCAGUCUUGCAAGAUGAGCAUAUGCGUGACUUUGGUGAAGUAAGUGCUCUCCUCGAUGCGACUGAUAGUUCUGUGAAUUCCGUUUCCUCCACUGCUCAACGUACGCCAACAGCAACCACUCCCAAAGAAGAUAACUCUUACUUAGCUGAUGCAAUAGAAAAUGAACAAAAAUUAACUUUUGCAGGUCUUACCGAUUUAUCUUCCGCUACCAAUCAAGAUCCGAACUCGAACUUGAAUACGCGAAUAACCACGCCGUAUCCUCAAAAUGUUCUUUCUUCGCUUAUCUUGAAAGACUACGAACAAAAUUCAAAUGCCGAGGAUAUAACCUCGCUCAUAAAUGACGCAAUGGCCCAGAAUCUCGAGAAACGAACGUUGUCAAACGACUUUCUUUUGGCGCAGCCCCAAAGAGCUCGAACUGGGAACGGAACUGUCGACGCCACCCAGUCUUUUGGCUUUACUCCUAAUUCAUCUACAAGACAAAUUCCGCUCCUCCCGUUGAGACUAAACACCCCGGCAACUCCAAAUCUUAGACCUUCCGGCGGCCCCUCAUCUCCGGCAUCUCAGUUAGGAGAAAGAGACAUUCUUGAGAAAUGGGGUAUUCGUUUCUCUGAAAAAUAUACAACAAUCAGUGAAGUAUGGAAUGAGUAUCAUAGAAUCGGUAGUAAGGGUGUAUCGAUACGUUCCUUGGAGAGAUCUUUUUCAACUCGAUGGAGGUCAAAUCUGAGGAAAAAUGUCAAAAAGAAGUACAGCAGGCGAUUGAUUAUCAUACGAGCUAUAGAGACGGGUAUUAAAAAGGGUAGAACUAUUGACGAGUGUAUCGCAAUACUUGAGACAUUUUUAACUGAGGCCAAAAAGCCGGUCUCUCAUCUGUAUAGAAAGGCAAAUUUGCCAGCUGAACUGACCUAA